AUGAACCUUUUUAUUUUUGUCCUACUUUUGUCCAUUUGGGCAAAUAAUUGUUUACAUGAAAACCAAAGUGAUGGAUCUACUACAGGAGCUAAGCAACUUGAAUCAUCACAAACAGAAGACAGCAGAAAACAUAUAUUUAUUAUAGUAGUUGGUAUUAUGAGCACAGCUUUUAUCUGUACUUUUUGCUGCCUCCAUUAUAAUUGUUUGAGCAGAGAUGCCCCCGAAGAAAAAUUGGUCAAGAAACGUGUAGCAUCCAAGUCAUCCAAGUCAUUCAAACUAUUCAGUAAACACAAGACAGACAAUGAAUGUACUCCAGAGAAACAACCCAUGCUAUCUGGUAUAGACAUGUUAUCAGAGCUCUCAAGUCAAGAAAGAACAUUCAUAUCAUCCAGUUCAGAAAAUGUAAUCAGGUCCUCAAGUUCAGAAAAGUCAUCUAAACCAUCUAGUAAAACAAAGUUCAUCAAGCCAUCAGAUCCAAAAAGUGUGUCCAGGUCAUUCCACCUGGGAAAGUCAUAUAGAAAACACAGUCUAGAUAAGCCACAUAAGCUAGUUUAUGCCCAUAAGGUAGAUUCCAGAGACUAUGCAUUCCAUGGCGAUGUGAAGAGCAGUGAUGAUGACAGUGAGAGGGAAAUAACCAUUUUUUGCAACGUGAGACUCAAAGAAGUCAUUGUUAAUAAAACCACAAGUAAUAAAGAGCUCAAUAAAAACAAUCACCUGUGA